AUGUCCGCCAUUGGGCUGAAGACCACCUGGCGAUCGGAUGACCUUUCGGCGUUGCUCGUGGCCAUUGGUUUCGAGCAGGAGGUCGUUGACAGCUUCGUCGCAAGGAUCAAAGACCGCGAGUUUGUGCACCACCGGGGCUUGAGGAACGUCGCAUUCGAUCUCAUCGACUCCGGCAUUCACCGUUGGGCCACUGACUACUACACACCUUCGGGCGAGCCCGAAGAUGGCGUGACCAAACCGAAAGGGUCAACUGGCUGCGGCCGCGACCAGGGGGACGGUGGCCAGAGCGGUGGCCAGGGCGGUGGCCGAAGCGGUGGCCAGGGCGGUGGCCGAAGCGGUGGCCAGGGCGGUGGCCGAAGCGGUGACAAGGACGGCGGAAGCGGCGGCAGCAGCGGCGGCGGCGAUGACAGCGACAAUGAGGAAGGUGGGAGGACAAGAACCAGCGCCGGGCAGGAGGAAGAGAAGGUCAUCACCCUCUACCACGGGACCACAUUCGGGUUUGCAGAGAGCAUCUUUUACGACGGAGCCAACCUGAGCGAGGGACGCAGGAACACCGACUUCUCCAUCGAUAGGGCGUUCUACCUGGGCAACAACGCGUCGCUGGCACAGAGAUGGGCGGAUCAAAAAGCCUCUCAGAGUGAGGAUGAUCCGGUGCCGGCCUACUUGGUCUUCACGGUGAACACAAGGAUGCUAGAGCGAUACGAACGGAAGGUGUUUGACGAACCUGAUGACAAGUGGAAACAAUUUGUCUACAACAACAGAAAGCCCGUCAAAAGAAAACCCGUCAUCAGAAAACCCGUGGCUACCGACAACGUCCCCGUGAUCACGAUCGAUUUCGUCAUUGGGCCUAACUGGGCUGAGUGUGCAGAGAUCGUGGAGAGGAAAUACCCCUUCCGCCAGUAUGCGGCGCUGACGCCGAGAGCCAUCGAAUUCCUAAACCUGUGCCCCUGCAAGCUGUGCAAGUGGGAAAACGGCAAGUGGAUCGAGGUCGAUCAAAGGCCGGGUUGA